GAUGUUCAAUUAUUGAUCAAUGUGGUUCAAUAGAUGUUCGAUCAUAGAACAACGUGGUUCAAUUGAUGUUCAAUUAAUGUUUAAUCAUUGUUUGAGUAUAUAUAAUUGUCAUAGAAGAUAAAGCGUUAGUCAUACUAUGCGACCGAGAACUUAAUGUGUGUGGGCAAGAGAGAAAAAACCACAAUAGCCUUAACGUGUGCGAGCGAGAGCGCGCAGGAGGGAGGGAGACAGAGAGAAAAAGAGAGAAAGCAAUACGUUUAUUCCUAAAUAAUUGUUAUUUGCUAAACUAAUUUUUUGAUAAAUUAAUAUAAAGCACCCCAUAAAGAUAAAUCAUAUCAAUUUUAAAAAAAGCUGAUUUUCUAUGUCAAGAUAAAACAUUACAAUAGAUUUUCCAUUAUUUUUUCUUCCUAUGAUUAAGUUGAAUAAAACUUCUUUUGAAGAUUUUCUUUUCAAUACGUAAUAUCUAUGAGAAAUUUCUAGAUUUGAAUGAUAUUACUCUAAGAAUUUUCUAGAAUGUACGAUGUGAUACUGCUAGCUCUAUAAAUUAGGAACACUGAGACUAUAACGUGACUAUAAUCAUGAGAACAGAUUAUUUCCUUGUUCCCCACAUGGUAGAUACAAUUAUCGUUCAUUUAUAGACAUAUCAAAUUAUAAUAGUAACUGUGAUCACGAUACAAUCUCAAAGCUUUAUAGACGCAACCAUGUGAUUCGUGGCAAGCUUUCUGACGUAGAGAAAUUUCACGAGUGGACCUUCGUUAAGUUAUAAUCUGUAUUAAAUACGAACAAGUGAUGUAAAAAAUUUAUUUUAUUGGAUAUAUGGAAAAGAUUACAAAAUAGAGGAGAGGAUUACAUAAUAAAAAGGAAGCCAGAAAACUCUACUGCAUCAGUCGCUCAGUGAACAGUUGAAAACUCUCAGAAAAAAAAUAUAUACGAGGAAAAGAUGGACUACUACGUUCCGCUUCAACAGGACGAAACGUGUGAAAAAAUAAUAUUGCCACGGUAUACACCUCGCAUUUUGGGGAGGAGAUUGGCAUUGACGUCCACAGCGUAUAAAUAUCUCAACAUUGGAAUCAGCGUAGGAUCAACAUCGUUUGUGGAGAUACUUAUUGGUGACAACCGAGGCAAUCAAAUCAUUCUGGCUCAUGCAACGUGGACAGCACUGUUCCAGAAACGUAUGGAUAUUGAGCGACUCGUGCAAUCGACUUCGCCUUCUUCAGCAUUACCGAUUCAAGAUCUUAUUGUGCAACUCAUUAAACUGCGUAAUGAAAAUGUUGUUAAACUAACAUUACGCGAUACUUGCAUGUAUUUGAAACCAAAAACUGUACUUUUUCUAUUUGAGCUCGAACAAUGCGUCGAGCAUAUAUAUUAUUCUUUAUAUCAAUAUACAUAUACAGUGAGCGAAAAAUAUAAACAUUUUGUAUCCCUUUUACGCCAAAAUUAUGUUAAUAAUAAAUGUGAUGCGGCAAAACUCUUGCGAGAAAAAUAUGAUAAAACUUCGCUUUUAGAAUGUGAAAUGUUAGCUUACGCUUUAGAUAAUAUUGUACAUGAUGCAUUACAUGACAAAUAAAUAAAAAAUUGAAAUUUUGAAA